UUGAGCCACAGAGAUCCAAUGUCACCUUCAUCUCAAGAGGGUUGAGCUCACCGACACAGAAGCCCUCCCAUCUCACAGCGCACUGAAACUGAAUUUUGUUCAGCUCCUUCCUCAUCCAACUAUGUAUUCUACCGGUUUGGAGAUCCUCGGGAUCAUUCUGGCUGUGGCUGGCUGGCUGGGAGUAAUGGUGACCUGUGGCCUGCCUAUGUGGAGAGUGACUGCCUACAUCGGCCAGAACAUUGUCAUCUCUCAGGUUAUCUGGGAAGGCUUGUGGAUGAACUGUUCUGUACAGAGCACAGGGCAGAUGCACUGCAAGGUGCAUGAAUCCAUGCUGGGGCUUCCAGUUGACCUGCAAGCAGCUCGUGCCUUGGUCAUCAUCUCUCUGGUUCUUUGCAUUGUGGGCAUCAUUUUGUCAGUGGCUGGUGCCAAGUGCACCAACUGUAGCCGGGAUGUGAGCAGUAAACCUCGCCUCAUGGUGGCUGCAGGGGUGACAUUUGUGGUGGCUGGACUGCUGCUUCUGCUGGCUGUGUCCUGGACAGCUCACGCCAUUGUCCUGGGCUUCUAUGACCCCAUGCUGGAGGAGACAGGGAAGAGGGAGUUUGGUAAUGCUCUGUACUUUGGUUGGGCUGCUUCCUGCCUGCUGAUUCUAGGGGGAGCCCUGCUCUGCUGCUCCUGCCCUCGCAGAUCAACCACGGCACCAAGCGGUGGUGGUUCUGCACCUUCCCGCAUUGACUACUCAGCUGUAAAAACCAUAUCAGUCAAUGGAUACACCAGAAGAGACUAUGUAUGACUGUGUGACAUGAGGAAACGAUGAACUGCAUUUGUAAAUUUGUGGUUAGUACCGUAGAUGCAUGUUUGGUGCUAGCUUCAAAUGUUUAAAUGACUGAUCCGUGUUCCAUGUUUUAGUCAUGAACAUUUUUUUUAAAUGAUGUGCAUUUUUUUUGUUUCUUUUGCAAGU